AUGGCGGAGAAAGAGGGAGGUCCCACUGCAAAAGCACAGCUUGCUUCUCCUGGCGUCCAGCGUUACAAAGAUGCCACUGCACGGCUUAACAAGGUGGACCUGGACGGCUGCAGCAAGGAGGAGAUGGUGCACUGCUUGCACCGGGAGGAGGCCGAGAAGCUGGCGGCACUGGUGCAAUGUGGCCGGCUGAUCCAGGGCGUGAACCAGCAGCUGCAGGAGCACCUGUGCAAGAUCCGUGAGCUGAAAGCCAUCUACGGGAGGCUGCAGGCAGAGAACCGCAAGCUGCGCAACCUCUGCUACUUCCUGGAUGAGGACCAGCUGAAAGCCAAGUGCCUGGCCAGCCACUGGCAGAUCUUCGGUCAUCACAUGGCCCAAGUCCUGCGCUACGAGGUGGCCAGCUGCCUGUGCAAGCUGGCCGGCUUGGAAGGGCUGCUCACCCCAUUGAAGCCGACGCCUCGAAUGCAGCAGCAUGUUGGGAAAGUAGAGCAAAGCUGCUGCCACCGCAAGGUGCCGGCUCUGGAGCGGUGCAACAGUCAAUCGGGUGAGCCUGUGGUGCCGAUGCCUUGA